AUGCAGCGGGACUGGAAAAUUGAGAUUUCUAAGCACUGCAAUGUCGGUUGGGUGAAUGUCUGUGUAUAUAAACCCGGAUUCGAAAAAGCUGAUGGCAUCUUCACUUCUGGAAUCAUGGCGGUCAUAAGAAUCUUGAUAACUCUUUGCUUCUGUGCUGGGCUGGCGGCAGCAGCUAACUCUACUGAAGAAACUCAAAGGGAAAAGAGAGGCUCCCUCGGCGGCAGUGGACACGGCGACGGCGCAGGGGGCGGGGCCCUGGGGUACCUGGUCGUGGGCGCGGGCACCGGAGGCCAGCACUCCAAGGGCGUCUCGCAGGCAGCCAACCAGGCCGCGGCGGAGGCCACUGCUGCUGCCGCGGGGCUGAAAACUGUUGCUACAGCUGCGGCUUCUGCUGCGGCGGGAGAGGCGGCCAAGGCUGCAUCAGCGGCCUCACAGGUGGCUCAGAAGGCAGCAGACCAGCAGAAGGCUGACGUGGCUCAGCUUACCCAGGCUCUCCAGGGCGCCCAGGCGGCCUUCUUCUCGGAGUCUUCCCUGGCGGGCAAAGCCACGAUGGCAGCCGCGUCGGCGGAGAGCGUGUACUCGCAGGCCCUCUCCCUGAUCCGCCAGCUGGACGCGGCCCAAGCGGAGGUCCAGGCCGUCACGGCUCAGGCGGAGCAGGCUCUCCAAGCCGCGCAGGCCGUGCGGGCCGCACAGGACGCCAUGGCUUGGCAGGCUCUGCAGAUCUCCAGCAGCCUCAGCUUCCAGCAGCAGCUUGCCGUCAGCGAUCUGAACGGAGCGGUCGCAGCCGCUGCCCGAGCCGAGGCUGCGGCCGCCGUCGCCAUGGCCAAGGCGAAGGGGUACGGCGGUCACGGUGGCCGGGGAACCUAUGGCCAGUCGGGGCUCAUGGCCCACGCUGCGGGCGGCCAGGCAGGUUACGGGUCCGGCAGUGUGGGCGGGGGCUUCGUCGGCUACGGCGGGCUUGGCCAGACUGCUUCGACUUCAACAAGUGGUUACGGCAGCGCCAGCCAGUCGAGUCACAUCAGCUUCGGCAGCGUCCAGACGAGCUACGGCAGCGACGGCCAAGGCACACAGAUUAGCUACGGAAACGAUGGGCAAAGCAGCCAUGACAGCCACGGGAAUGGCGACCAAAAUAUCCAAAUCAGUUAUACCGAUGGUAAUCAAAAUGGCUUUACUGAUCAGGUCACUUAUACCAACGGUGACCAAAUAAUCCAUAAUGAUGGUGGCCAAAUCAUUCAGUCAGGUCAUGGCCAAAAUAAUGACGGUCAUGUAACUUACAGCGAUGAUGUCCAAAAUAACGGUGGCCACAAUGUCCAUGACAACGGUCAAAAUGAUCAAAAUACGUUUGUAAACAAUGACCACGCUCAUUUGGGUAGCAAUAUCCAAAACAAUGAAGGCCAGUUUAACUAUGACAAUGGUCAAAAUAAUCAAAUCAACUUUGGUAAUGAUGGACAUAAUAUUGGCCACAUUAUCAGUAAUGACAAUACUCAAAAUGGCCACAUCAGUUACGAAACCAAUGACCAUACAAAUUUUGGCAACGGGGGUCAAAAUAAUGCAGCCCAAUUUAACUACGACAACAAUGACCACAAUGGUCAAAUUAGUUAUGACGAUGGCGGCCAAAUUAAUGUUGGCCAGAUCAUCCAUGGCCAAAAUGACCACAUAAAUGCCCACGUCGGUUUUGGAAACAGUGGCCAAAAUGAUGAUGGUCAUUUUGGUUACAACAACAAUGGCCAAAAUAUAAAUGACCAAUCUAACUACGGUAACAAUGGCCAAAAUAUAAAUGACCAGUCUAACUACGACAACAAUGGCUUAAAUAAUAACGGCCAAUUUAGUCACGGCAACGAUGGCCAAAAUAUCGGUAUCUCAUAUGGCAACGAUCGCACAAAUGGUCAUCAGGUAGGCUUCGAAUACAGGUGUCGCAGCGUGCGGCCGAUCAUUCCGCGGCUUGCUGUAUAUUCUACUCGGAUAGGAUCUCCUCGAUACGGUGUUUCACCCUUCUGUCUCUGUUCGUGGUCUCUGACUAUCAUGUGGGCUCAAGGAGUUAGUAGGAUUGCUAGUGUGGCUGAGGAUGCAGAUUUGUCGCGGGCUGGUGCUGGAGAGGUGUCGUAG